AGCCUCCAGUCUCCUAACUCCCAGGAGCCCCAGCCAGCGUCCAGGAGCGCACCAGCAUAGAAGCCAAGAGAGACCCUCUCCUGCAGGCCUAGAACCUACAUCUCCAACCUGGUUCCAGCCUCUGGUUCACGAGACAAUGAACCAGAAGGCCACUCUGGUGCUCCUCGCUCUGGCUGUCAUCACCAUCUUUGCCUUGGUUUGUGUCUUGUUGGCUGGCAGGGGUGGAGAUGGGGGUGAACCCAGUCAGCCUCCUCACUGCCCCUCCGAACCACCCAGUGCCCAGCCUUGGACACAGCCCGGCCAGAGCCAACUGUUUGCGGAUCUGAGCCGGGAAGAAUUGACUGCUGUGAUGAGCUUUCUGACCCAGCAGCUUGGGCCCGGGCUGGUGGAUGCAGCCCAGGCCCGGCCCUCGGACAACUGUGUCUUCUCAGUGGAGCUGCAACUGCCCCGCAAGGCGGCAGCCCUGGCUCACCUGGACAGGGGGAGCCCCCCACCUGCCCGGGAGGCCCUGGCCAUCGUCUUGUUUGGUGGACAAGCCCAGCCCAACGUGAGUGAGCUGGUGGUGGGGCCGCUGCCCCGCCCAUCCUAUAUGCGGGAUAUGACCCUGGAGCGCCAUGGGGGCCCUGUGCCCUACCACCGAAGGCCUGUGCUGGCCCAGGAGUACUUGGACAUAGACCAGAUGAUCUUUGACAGAGAGCUGCCCCAGGCUGCUGGGCUUCUCCACCACUGUUGCUUCUACAAACAUCAAGGACAGAAUCUGGUGACUAUGACUACAGCUCCCCGUGGUCUGCAAUCAGGGGACCGGGCCACCUGGUUUGGCCUCUACUACAACAUCUCUGGGGCUGGGAUAUACCUGCACCCUGUGGGCUUGGAGCUGCUGGUAGACCACAAGGCUCUGGACCCUGUCCGCUGGACCAUCCAGAAGGUGUUCUACCAAGGCCGCUACUAUGACACUCUGGCCCAGCUGGAGGACCAAUUUGAGGCUGGCCUGGUGAAUGUCAUACUGAUCCCAGACAAUGGCACAGGUGGGUCCUGGUCCCUCAAGUCCCAGGUGCCCCCGGGUCCAGCUCCCCCUCUGCAGUUCUACCCACAGGGUCCCCGUUUCAGUGUCCAGGGGAGUCAAGUGACCUCCUCAUUAUGGAGUUUCUCCUUUGGCCUCAGGGCUUUCAGUGGCCCAAGGAUCUUCGACAUCCGUUUCCGGGGAGAACGAAUAGCUUACGAGAUCAGCCUCCAAGAGGCCUUGGCCAUCUAUGGUGGAAACUCCCCAGCAGCAAUGAUGACCAGCUAUCUAGAUGGCGGCUUUGGCAUGGGCAAGUACUCCACACCCCUGACCCGUGGGGUGGACUGCCCCUACCUGGCUAACUACAUAGACUGGCACUUCCUUUUGGAGUCCCAGGCCCCCAAGACACUACGUGAUGCCUUUUGUGUGUUUGAGCAGAACCAGGGUCUCCCCCUGCGGCGACACCACUCAGAUUUCUACUCCCACUACUUUGGGGGACUCAUGGAGACAGUGCUGAUUGUCAGGUCUGUGUCCACCUUGCUAAACUACGACUAUGUGUGGGAUAUGGUCUUCCACCCCAAUGGCGCCAUCGAGGUGAAGUUCCAUGUCACGGGCUACAUCAGCUCAGCAUUCCUCUUCGGUGCGGCCCGGAGGUACGGGAACCAAGUUGGGGAGCACACGCUGGGCACCGUCCACACCCACAGCGCCCACUACAAGAUUGAUCUGGAUGUAGCAGGACUGGAAAACUGGGUUUGGGCUGAGGACAUGGCCUUUAUCCCCACUGCGGUGCCCUGGAGCCCCCAGCACCAGAUGCAGAGGAUGCAGGUGACCCGGAAGCUGCUGGAGACGGAGGAGCAGGCUGCCUUCCCCCUGGGAGAGGCGACCCCUCGCUACCUCUACCUGGCCAGCAACCACAGCAACAAGUGGGGUCACCCACGGGGCUACCGCAUCCAGAUUGUCAGCUUUGCAGGGGAGCCAGUGCCCCAGAACAGCUCUAAGGAGAGAGCCUUCAGCUGGGGGAGGUACCAGCUGGCCGUGACGAAGCGGAAGGAGGAGGAGCCCAGUAGCACCAGCAUCUACAAUCAGAAUGACCCUUGGACCCCAACUGUGGACUUCACAGACUUCAUCAACAAUGAGACCAUUGCUGGAGAGGACUUGGUGGCCUGGGUGACAGCUGGCUUCCUACACAUCCCACAUGCAGAGGACAUUCCCAACACAGUGACUGUGGCUAAUGGUGUGGGCUUCUUUCUCCGACCCUACAACUUCUUUGAUGAAGACCCCUCCUUUGACUCUGCUGACUCCGUCUACUUCCGGGGGGACCAGGGUGCAGAGGCCUGUGAAGUCAACUCCCUCGCUUGCCGCCCACAGACUGCUGCCUGUGCCCCGGACCUCCCUAACUUCUCCCAUGGGGGCUUCCUUCACAAUAGUUGGUCUCUGGGAUGAGAGUCUUGCCAGGGACCCCAGGGGCCAGAGUGUGGGGAGAGGUAGCAGCCAGGCA